UCGACUGGUCGAAUAGCUACUUGGAGUUGACGGAAGCCACACACGAGGUCCUGAGAACGAAAAGACGACGCGAAAUGGAAAAUGGUGGUAGCGAGUUGAAGCCGAUGGAUUCGGAGCAGCUGAGAGAGUGCGGGCAUAGAAUGGUCGAUUUCAUCGCUGAUUAUUACAGAACCAUCGAGAACUUCCCUGUUCUGAGCCAAGUUCAGCCUGAUUAUCUUCGUAACCUUUUGCCGGAUUCUGCGCCUGACCAACCCGAGAAUUUGGAAGAAGUCCUUAGUGAUGUUCAGGAGAAGAUACUUCCUGGAUUAACACAUUGGCAAAGCCCGAAUUACUUUGCAUAUUAUCCUUCUAACAGCAGCAUUGCCGGGUUCUUGGGCGAGAUGCUCAGUGCUGGUCUCAACAUCGUUGGUUUUAGCUGGAUUACUUCUCCAGCUGCCACAGAGCUCGAAAUGAUUGUUCUAGAUUGGCUUUCCCAAUUGCUCAACCUACCGGAGCAGUUCCUUUCGAAAGGAAAUGGAGGUGGAGUGAUACAAGGGACAGCUAGCGAAGCUGUUCUAGUUGUCCUAAUUGCUGCCCGUGACAAGGUUUUGAGAAAGGUAGGGAAAGAUGCUCUGGAGAAGCUCGUAGUGUAUGCAUCGGACCAAACACAUUCCUCCCUGCAGAAGGCCUGCCAGAUAAGUGCAAUCCGUCCGGAGAAUUGCAGAUUGCUGAAAACUGAUGCGUCAACGAAUUAUGCACUCUCCCCAGAAUCACUUCAAGCAGCAAUUUCACAUGAUCUUGCUUCAGGAUUGAUUCCAUUCUUCAUAUGUGCUAGUGUAGGUACCACUUCUUCAACUGCAGUCGAUCCAUUACCUGCCUUGGGAAGGAUCGCUAAGGACAACGAGAUGUGGUUUCAUGUGGAUGCUGCAUAUGCUGGAAGUGCCUGCAUAUGUCCAGAGUACAGGCAAUAUAUUGAUGGAAUUGAAGAAGCGGAUUCCUUUAACAUGAAUGCUCACAAAUGGUUUCUCACGAAUUUCGAUUGUUCGUUACUUUGGGUGAAGGACCGGAAUUCUCUCAUUCAGGCUCUUUCAACGAAUCCCGAGUUUCUUAAAAACAAGGCCUCCCAGGCAAACUUGGUCGUGGACUACAAAGAUUGGCAAAUCCCUCUGGGGAGAAGAUUCAGAUCAUUGAAACUGUGGAUGGUUAUGCGGCUCUAUGGAUCCGAAAAAUUGCAAUGCUAUAUAAGAAACCACAUCAAUCUGGCUAAACAUUUCGAGGAGCUUGUAUCUGGAGAUUCUCGUUUCGAGAUCGUUACUCCUCGGAUAUUUUCACUUGUAUGCUUUCGACUUAAACCUGUCGACAACGACGAAGACAAGUGUAAAAAACAGAAUCAUGAGCUACUAGAUGCCGUGAAUUCGACCGGGAAAAUGUUCAUUUCUCACACUGUUCUGUCGGGAAAAUUCGUGCUACGUUUUGCGGUAGGAGCGCCGUUAACGGAGGAGAAACACGUGAAGGAGGCAUGGAACAAUAUUCAGGAACAGGCCUCCAAAUUGCUUGGCGUCCACGCAGGAUAAAUGAAAGUUUUCUUAUUCAUGAAACCAACCUUAUAAUCGAAUGUAUCGAUACUUGGAAUAAGACACGUGCUUUUCAUCAAUAUGAUCGAUUGUCUUCGAACGUGAUUCAUGC